ACGGUAACGGCCGUCCGCCGUGAGGAGCGGCUCCCUGCCCCGUCGCGUCCCGUCCCGUCCCGCCUCGCCUCGCCUCGCCUCAGGGGGCUUCUGCCGCGGCUCCCCGGGGCCCCGCCGGGCGGCAUGAGGGCGCUGCCCCCGCGCUGGGGGCCUCUGGCGGUGCGGGCGGCGGGCGGGUGGUGGGGGCCGCCCGCCCCCCGCCGCGGCUGCAGCGGCUCCGCCGAGGCCGGCGGCAGUAAGCCCCUUCAGGAGUGGGCGCUGGCAGUCAGCCCGCGGGGGCGGCUGCGGGUGCGGCUGCCCUGCCAGGUGAGCGUCCGCCCGCUGGACCCGCAGCGCUACCCGGGCGCCGACCGCGUUCUGGUGGCCGUCAGCGGCGCCGGCGGCAGCCCCCCGCCCCGCGGCCGGCAGCAGGACCGCGUCCGGGUGGAGUACGACGAGGCGCUGGAGCAGAUGGCGAUCGUCGCGGACGGCGUGGACAGCAAGACCGCCGUGGACGUCAGGACGCCCGUGAAGUUCGAUUUGGAUAUCAAAACAUCAGGGACUGGCUGCGUGAAGAUUCAGAAAAUAGAAUGUGAUAACUGCAAAAUAGAAACAGAGAAGGGGACUAGCGUCUUGCAGUCAAUAAAGAGCCAUAAAAUUGAUAUACGGUCAAAUGGUGGCAAAGUAAUUGGUCUUGGAACACUUUAUGGAAAUACAGAUAUUCGUGCAACAGAGAAGGGUAGUGUGAAUAUAGAGAAGCUGCAGGGGACAUCCAUCAACAUAUCUACUGAAGAUGGGCUGCUGAAAACUAAGUAUCUCUAUGCAGAAACAUCAUCUCUGUCUUCAGUAGCUGGUGAUAUUCUGCUGGGAAGUAUUCACGGUAAUACCAGCCUUCAGACCAAAACAGGGAGUAUCACAGUAGAUUCAUCUGAUGGAAGUCUAAAAGCUUCUACACAUCAUGGGACAAUAGAUGUUUAUGUCAGUCAAUUAAGAAAAGUGGAUCUGAAAUCCCAGAAAGGUUCUAUUACAGUCAAGGUACCUGCCUCUCUCAAAGCCUAUUUACAGUUGUCUGGAAGAAAAGUGGAUGUGAGCUCAGAGAUCCAGUUAAAAGAAACACAGAGUGCCUCCAAAGAUGAUCACGUAACUAUAAGUGGUCACAUGAAUCAAAGGAACGAAACGGACAAAUGGAUUAAGGCUGACACACAAAAUGGGAAAGUGUAUCUUAAAAGCCAGAGCUGGAUCCAGUCUGUCAAGCUGAAGAGUUCUUAAAGGUGAAAUAGGCCAAAGAGAUUAAAUCAAGAAAUUGUAAUGGAACAUUUCUGUAAAAUUAUGAAACUUUGUUUAUAUAUAUUCUUAAUAUAAGAGAGAAACAAUAUUAAAAAUGAGGGUGUUUUAACCCAAGAUUUGCCCUUGACAGUGGCUGGUGAUUAACAGGUCUGGUUUACUUUUAGUGCCUUUUAGGAAUGAUGAGGUCUUUCAUAUUCAGAAUUUAUAUAACUUGACCCACUUACCAUGUCAGUUUAAAAGCUGGUAACUUUCAAACAGAAGUUUGGAGCCAUCAUUUAAAAAUAAAAAGCAUUUUCAACAUCUCAUAUUUGAAAAUAUGAAAAUUUACUUCCAAGAUGACAUGCUCUGCAAGCUAUUUUAUAUUUUUGAAUUAAAUGUCUCAGUACUGUGGGAAUUCUGCUGGUUUAUGCAAAAAGCAGAGAAUUUUCUUCAAAUAAUUUGUAUCGUGGAUAGGAUAAAACCACUGUCAGAACUGUAGUUAUUUGGUCUUCUUGUUUGGUGUUCGACCCCUAAGCAGUUUCUGCCUUGUCAAUGGGUACUGUAUGUGUAAAACUACUUACAUGAAAUGACAAAACUUGCUCCGUGUCAUCCUGAACCACUUGUUUGUGGCUCGAAAUAAGAAUUCUAGCUACGUCUACUACUGUUCGUCUGCAAAGAAAAGCUUUUACAAUAAAUACUCAAAAUUGCAA